UAAACAGAACGCGGAGAGUCGGUUGAUCGGUGAACAUCGGCGCGGAAUGGUGUCGUUCAGUUUUAAAAGACGCCGAUGAGGUUUAGCUUCGUUUAUUUUUAAUUUUAAUUUGGAUUUCCGACGAAAAUGAUCGAGUGUAAGAAUGUGCUCGUGUUAUACGUGGGAGGCACCAUUGGUAUGCAACGGGACUCGAAUGGAGUGUACAUUCCCAUCUCGAAUGAAUUUUCGAAUAAAGUGCGAUUAACUGAAAUGCACGAUCCGUCAUUGGCCGGACAACUCAAGAAGCCCUUGAAGCAAGACGAAUUGAUUUUACCUAUGAUUGGUCCCAAGGCGAUAGUUUACAAAAUCGAGGAAUAUAAUCCACUGUUGGACUCGAGUAAUAUGUCCAUCAAAGAAUGGAAAAGGUUGGCAAAAGAUGUUGAGAAAAAUUACGAACAUUUUGAUGGUUUUGUGAUACUCCAUGGUACCGACACGCUGGCAUAUACCGCUUCAAUAUUGUCGUUUAUGCUGGAGAAUUUGGCGAAACCCGUUAUAAUCACUGGAUCACAGAUUCCAAUUUUCGAAACUAGGAGCGACGCUAAAGAAAACUUCUUAUCUUCAUUAAUUUUUGCUGGUUGUUACGACAUUCCCGAAGUAUGCGUGUUCUUUGCCAGCAAAUUACUUCGCGGCAACAGGACCACGAAAAUUUGCUCGAAUUUAUUAAACGCCUUCGAUUCUCCCAAUUUUCAUAAUUUAGCCGAUUUUGGGAUAGAAGCACAAGAUUGUUCUUUUGCAGUACAUCAGCAUUAUAUAAGAAAAAAACCGAAUUGUCAUCUCGUGGUGCAUAGAGAUUUGAACCCUAACGUGGGCACAUUGGCAUUUUUUCCUACCAUCACUAGUGCACAGCUCGAAUCAUUCCUAAAGCCUCCCACAGAGGGCAUCGUAUUACAAAGUUAUGGUGCGGGAAACAUGCCAUCAAAUCGUUCCGAUAUCCUAAGGGUCCUAAAACAGGCCAUAGACCGGGGGGUCAUAAUUGUUAAUAUCACUCAGUGCUCCAAGGGGGCGGUCAGUAUUACUUACGAGACUGGAAAGGUGCUAGAAGCCAUUGGGAUUAUUUCCGGUUACGAUAUGACUGUGGAGGCGGCUCUCACCAAACUCAUUUAUGUUUUGGGGCACCAUAAAGGUGAUUAUUCGACUAGGGUUAAGAUGUUGAAAUCAGAUCUCAGAGGUGAACUGACCAUGACCAAAUAAACUACUGAAACAAAUCUGAGGCGGGAUUAUAAGGACAAGGAGGGAGCAGUAUUUAAUAAUUAUCUUUUUUGUAGUUUUACUUAUAUUAAUAAAUUAUUUUUGUUA